UAUCUCAGCUGAUGCUCUUCUCCCUCCCUCCCUCUCUCUCUCUCUCUCUCUCUAUCUAUCUCUGACUCUCUCUCUCCCCUCAUCUUCACUGUACACUAUGGCUGUGUCCAAUCUUCUAUCAACUCCUCCCACCUUCUCCUACAAACAACCCCUGUACACAGCCUCACCUCUCUCUCUCAACCUCAGAAACCCAUCCCUUCUCUCUCUAACAAAUCGCACAACCAAACCCAGAAGGCUCAUAACUGCCCAAUCCAACGGUAGCGAUUCAGCAGACCCCCCAGACCGCUUAAUCUCAGCCGUCUGCUACUUCUACCCCUUCUUUGAUGGCAUACAGUACGGAAAAUACGUAAUCACCCAGGUUGCACCCAUUCAAGCCCUCAUUCAACCACUAGUCCCAGCUAUUAGGGUCUUCAAGAGCUUCCCUUUCAAUGGGUUCUUGGUGUUCUUGACCCUCUACUUUGUUGUUGUCAGAAACCCUAAUUUUAGUAGAUACGUGAGGUUCAACACUAUGCAAGCUAUAGUUCUUGAUGUGCUGUUGAUUUUCCCUGAUCUUCUGGAGAGGAGCUUCAAUCCAAGAGAUGGGUUGGGUUUGGAUUUGAUGAUGUGCUUAGACAGCACUGUGUUUUUGUUCCUUCUGGUGUGUUUGAUAUAUGGCUCAUCUUCUUGCUUGUUGGGUCAGCUGCCCAGAUUGCCGAUUGUUGCCGAUGCCGCGGACAGGCAAGUUCUAUGAACGCAUCAAUUUGGUCACUUUUGUUGAUUCUGUAACCAAUUUUUUUCUAUGUUCUGAAUGGAAAAUAUUAAUUGGUUUUGUUUAUUUACCGGUAAUGACAUAAGUUAUGUUAUACAUUUUUGUAUGUGCUU